CAAGUUGACGAUCCGACCUACUCACUACCACGUGACCUAGGCCCGGUCUUACCGCCAAGAUCCAACCGCCUCACCAAUAAGCGACAUUCUAUACAUGAUAUACCAAAUUCUGCCCCACCGCUACCACCAAGAUCUCCUGGCUUAGUUAAAUCACCACAAUUCCUCCUGGGUCACCAAACUGAAAGACGUGGAUCCGAUCCAAGCAUUUUUCACAGAAUGCAGCCCAAUUUUGCGGACAAACUGACAAUUUGUGAAGAAAAUGGCACAAUACAUCAAGCAAGGAAUGAUUCACCUCCGAAGCUACCAGCUAAGACAAGGAGUCCUCUUUCUGCCAUCCAAGGGGCACAGCACCAUCUCCCUGGUGGAUUCCUUAGUCCAAAGUCUUCUUCCAAUGAUGCCACUUCGAUGGGUCUUUCGCCCAGGCUUCCACCGCGCAAUCCGAAACUAAGAUCCAAGACACGUUCUGCCAGUUGUGAACCCGACUUACCAGUGCAGAAUCUAGCAAGGACUCGGACUUUCAGCGUGCCCAGAUAAACAGACAGAUUCACAAUAAACAGUCCCAGCUCGCAUCAACAACCGGCUAAAAGGAAACGAGCCUGGAAAGUUGUCGUUGGACUCUAAACCUUUUAAAAUUUCUAAACUUGACGUAUUACAUUGUUUAAUUUCCCUCAGGGAUCCGAUUGCAAUGAAUAGUAAUGUAGCUAGGUUUUUAGAUUAGGCUGUCAAGCUCUGUGUCUGUUUGUUUUUAGUUUUUUCGGUUGGGUCCUCUUUCGCAUUUCUAGAACCCAGCCUUACACAUGAGCAAAUGCAUUAGUAUUACGUUUUUCUCCAAGUGGAGCCUGUACCCGUGAAAACGCCUUCACCACAUAUAUUGCAACAUGACCCGGCAUAAUUUUGGAGUUUCUUGGACUUGUCAUUGAUGAAUAGCAAUUUACGUUUGGUUUUAUUAUAUCCAUUUUGAAUCAGUUGUGAUCCUUGUAAUCUGAUUGGCUUUCACUGGUGCGAUUUAUUCACAAAUUGCACCAUUUUAUGCUCUAGAUCGCAGCUUUUCUAAAACACAACAACCACUCAAAUUUGAGCUGAGGCUUGAUUAUAGAAAUCAGUCAAAUUUCAGGACAAUGAGAGACAACUUUUGCAACUCUCUACAAACCGUUUUAAUAUACUGAAUCAAUGAAAUAUUUUACAAACCAAAAUGGCAAAACUUGUUUUGGGGAUUGAAUUUACGAUCUCAAAAAAAUGCAAUAAAGUGGUGAUGGAACUUCUUGUCAUACAAUUUUGGUCUAAAAUCAUACUUGUGAUCGCAAAUCACGCGUAUGAUCCCAGACCAAAUUGCACUCCACUCAGUUCAAUUACCAUUAUUUACCAACUUGAUAAUAAUAAUGAUGAUGUACAUUGGCCACUGUAGAACUUUAAAAACUACUUAUGUACUCUGUCGAUAAAACUAAAUGGUGUAAUAUUCCCCCCACCGACACAGCACCACAUUUUCGUUAUAAACCUAUGCUCUUAAUACAAAUACAUUUUAGUUCGUUUUUCGCCAAAAAUAUGACUGUUAAAUUAUCUUUUUGCUACAUCUUUUGAUAUUACCACGAUGUAUAGUCAGGCAGCUGUCUAUAGUCUAGUUAAUAGCCAGUUUGAAAGCUUUACAUCGAAAAUGAAAUUAAACAGCAAAAUAGUUUUAAGGUAAAUAACUCGUGCACAGUCAGUCAGUAUUUCUAUAAUACAUUUUGUCUUUAUACUUGUUUACUCCAGUAUGUUCACCCACAAUUUGAGGUGGAGAUGAACCAAAGCCUAUAAAUUUGAAGUUCAUUUCAGUAUUCUCUCAAAAUAGCGCAUAAAUUCUAAUAAAAUUUUCAUCAAGAUU